UCUUCUUCUUCUCUCUCUCUCUCUCAUCAAAUUCGUAAACCUUCUGCAACUCCCAUUUCAAUUAUCCAAACUUCUCGGAGAAUCCAAAACUCGACGAUGAAAUUCGAUGCCGAAACCCUAGAAAUGCGCAAACGCUGGUGCUGAAUCUGAGCUAUCUCUGAGAUGAAUCUCUCGCUGUCGUCGUCGACUUCGUCUUCAUCUUCCUUGUCGUCUUCCUCCUCUUCUUCGUCUUCGUCGACCGGUUCUUGGCUCUCCGGCUUCGUCCGCGGCCGGUCGGACCGGCCUGCGAGCGUCAAGAUGGGAACCAACUCCGGAGACUCCGGAGACUAUGACGGUCCGGUCGUGUGGAAGAACCAGUUCCGAGGAAUUCUGUUCAAGUACGGCCCAAAGCCUAUUCAGGUUGCAUUUAAAACGGGUAAUUACAAGCAGCAAGUAAUUUUUAUUGGUGGCCUGACUGAUGGCUUUCUGGCAACAGAAUAUUUGGAACCUCUUGCAAUUGCCUUGGAUAGAGAGAAAUGGUCACUUGUUCAAUUACUCAUGUCAUCGUCAUACACUGGAUUCGGCACCUCUAGCUUGAAACAGGACGCCAUGGAGCUUGACCAACUGAUAAGUCAUCUUAUCAACAAAGAAGACUCUGAGGGUGUGGUACUACUCGGUCAUAGUACUGGCUGUCAGGAUAUUGUGCAUUAUAUGCGCACGAAUGCUGCAUGCUCCCGAGCAGUCCGGGCUGCCAUUUUGCAGGCCCCAGUAAGUGAUCGUGAGUACAGAGCAACUCUUCCUGAAACAGCAAGUAUGAUCGACUUGGCUUCAUCCAUGAUAAGUGAAGGCCGUGGUUCUGAGUUAAUGCCUAGAGGGGCAGAUCCAACUGCCCCAAUAACUGCCAAUAGGUAUCACUCCCUAUGCGCAUACAUGGGAGAUGAUGACAUGUUCAGUUCCGACCUUAGCGACGACCAACUGAGACAGAGACUUGAACACAUGUCCAACACACCUUGCCAGGUCAUUUUUUCCAUGUCUGACGAAUACGUGCCAGACUAUGUUGACAAAAAGGCAUUGGUUGACAGAUUGUGCAGAGCAAUGGGGGGUGCAGAGAAAGUUGAAAUCGAAUAUGGAAAUCACUCUCUUUCAAAUAGAGUGGAUGAAGCUGUCAAGGCCAUAAUUGAUUUUGUUAAACGAGAUGGACCCAAAGGGUGGGAUGAUCCGUGGAAUUAGCGUGGUGAUUUGAUUUGCUCUUUUCCAUUAUCUGUCUAAUUCUUUUGCUCGUUAUUCUUAUCGUUUUCCUUAUUCAAUGAUGCACAUUUUUUUUUUUAAUUUAAUGUCUUCAUAGUGUAUUAUUAGCUGUUAAUUGCAUUAGUGAGCUGGUACGGAGAGAUAAACAAGUGAAAGUGAUGCUAUUUGUUUAUUGAAGUUUUUCGCCUUUUCAGCAUACUUUUGUCUUCUACAAUCACGGGCUUGGA